AUGGAAAAACUAGCAUUGAGAAGCUUAAGCAGCCAGGCUAAAAUUGUGGGUGCCAUCGUAUCUAUAGCAGGAGCACUUGUGGUGGUUCUCUACCAAGGUCCCAUAGUUGUGCGAGGCUCAUCAUCAUCAUCCAAAUCGCUUUAUCUAGCUCUGAGAUCACCACAAUCAAAUUGGAUCAUUGGUGUUUCAUGUUUCUUGUGCCGGAUAGAGUCUGUUCUGAGACUAUUUGAAUGUGGUGGGCAUGCAAGUGAACCCAAUUGA